AUGUUCACCCGGCUAGUUUGUAUCAGCGAUUAUGAACAACAUGCUAAGUCAAUUCUUCCGAAGUCUGUCUAUGACUAUUAUAGGUCUGGGGCAAAUGAUCAGGAAACCCUGGCUGAUAAUAUGGCGGCGUUUUCGAGAUGGAAGCUGUAUCCACGGAUGCUCCGGAAUGUUGUUGAAAUAGACCUGUCUACUUCUGUUUUAGGACAGCGAGUCAGCAUGCCAAUAUGCGUGGGGGCUACGGCCAUGCAGUGCAUGGCUCACGUGGAUGGGGAGCUUGCAACUGUGCGAGCCUGCAGGUCACUGGGAACGGGCAUGAUGCUGAGUUCCUGGGCCACCUCCUCCAUUGAAGAAGUGGCAGAGGUCGGCCGUGAGGCGCUUCGCUGGCUGCAGCUGUACAUCUACAAGGACCGGGAAGUCACCAAGCAGCUCGUGCUGCGGGCCGAACGGAUGGGAUACAAGGCCAUAUUUGUGACAGUGGACACCCCUUAUCUGGGCAACCGCUUUGACGAUGUGCGAAACAGGUUCAAGCUGCCACCGCAGCUCAGGAUGAAAAAUUUUAAAACCAACGAUUUAGCAUUUUCUCCAAAGGAAAAUUUUGGCGACAACAGUGGACUUGCUGCAUAUGUGGCAAAAGCUAUAGACCCAUCCAUCAGCUGGGAGGAUAUUAAAUGGCUGAGGGGACUGACAUCGCUGCCAAUUGUUGCCAAAGGCAUUCUGAGAGGAGAUGAUGCCAGGGAGGCAGUUAAAUAUGGUUUGGAUGGAAUCUUGGUGUCAAAUCAUGGGGCUCGACAACUCGAUGGGGUGCCAGCCACUAUUGAUGCUCUGCCCGAAAUUGUGGAGGCCGUUGACGGGAAGGUGGAGGUCUUCCUGGACGGGGGUGUCAGGAAAGGCACUGAUGUUCUAAAAGCUCUGGCCCUGGGAGCCAAGGCUGUGUUUGUGGGGAGACCAAUCAUCUGGGGUUUGGCUUCCCAGGGAGAGAAAGGUGUUCAAGAUGUCCUUGAGAUACUCAAGGAAGAAUUCCGAUUGGCAAUGGCUCUGAGUGGGUGCCAGAAUGUGAAAGCCAUCGACAAGACAUUGGUGAGGAAAAAUCCUUUGGCCCUUUCCAAGAUCUGA